GCUGAGGACUGCCUGCUGAGCUACAGUACUCACACUGUAAACAAAGAAUAUUUGGUCUUCACCUUUCUUGGUGGGGUUCUACUGACACUGCUGCUGAUGGCCCUUGUCUUCCUCAUCAUAAAGAGCUACAGAAAAUGCCCCAUUGGUGAGACUUGUCCCUCUUCUUCCUGGCACUUGUGGCAGUUCACUCCAGUCCCCGGGCCCUGGAUCCCCCUCUCAGUUCCUCCAGCCAAGUUUUCACCCCCAGAGGAAGCACUUACCUAUGCCAACAUGACUUUCAAAAUCUCGAAAGAAAAGAGCAAUCACCUGACCGUGAACCAUUCGGCAGACUCAGACUCCGUUGUCUACGCUCAAACUAAAGUGACAAACUCACCUUGCCUUUCCAGUGAGGCGUGAGUCCCGUUCCUCUCAUCUCAGCUCCAUUGUCUUCAUACAUCACUUUCCCUUUUAACAAAUUUUGGACUACGACCUGGGUGAAACCACAGUCGGAGUUGUCUGGGUGUGAUUGGGCAAUGCUAGCCAACAGUUUUGAAGACCAAGGGUCAGUCUUUUUCCUGGCCUGAGAAAAGAUUGCUGGCCCUUCCACUUGGACGGACAGCGAGUUAGCCCCUUGAGGGCUGAGACUGCCUUCCUUGUCCCCUUCCAAAUGUGUGGUACAGAGCUCAGGGCACAAAGAGGAUUCCCUCAGCAUCAUUGAUCAACGUGGGACAAGUCAACCAAAUGAACAAUCUAGAGAGGAUUACAAAUAAAAGCAAACUCUCUGCAAUGCUGGCUCCCUCUCCAUCAUUGGUGUGUCUUUCCCCAUCACCUCCAGAGGUGCAGAGCUCAUCCACAGCCAGAAAAGCCUAAAGAGGUGAUGGUACUCUGGAACUAACUCAGGAUCGAUUGGGACACAGGUCUCAAACUCUGUCAUUAACUAGUUGCCUUCAUUCAUUGCGGCAAGUAUGUUAAACUUUUGAAGCUUCUAUUUCCUCAUCUUGAAAACAGAACUAAUAACACUUAUCUCUUAAUGUAAGAAUAAAUAAGAUAUCAUAUAUGUAAGUACUCUGUACAUCCCAGAGCUCUACGCAAAUACAUGGUCCCUAUUGGCUAAAGCACUAUUCAAAUGUGGAUGUCCAUCUCCUUUCUAUAGCAUAUGAUAUAUGCCUAACACUCUAUGGGAAAUAAAAAUUAAUCUAAAUGUUAACCACCUCUGCCAAAUCCCAAUGAAUAACCCCAUAGAAGA